UUUUUUUUCAGUUGCAAGAAAGCCGUCGCAGAGACAAGGUGAAAAAAUUCGGAAAAUUAGUGAUUCAGUGGAAAAUUAGCGGCUCAUCCGCCAUUAGAUUGUGUGCUGGUGUUUUGUUGGCCCGCUUGUGAAGGAAGGAAAACUUGGGAAAGAAAGUGUGUAAACAGAAAAGGGAGUUUUGGGAAGAAAAGAAUCGUUUCAUUGUGCAAACGCCGCGCGAGUAAAAAUGGCUGAUAUGGCUGAUCGGAAUGAUCCGGACCUCAAGUAUUUGUCCGUGGAGCGAAGUCAAUUCAACGAUCCCGCCACCCAGGCUGAGUGGACACAGAAGCGCCUCGUCUGGGUGCCCCAUGAGACACAGGGAUUCGUUGCGGCAAGCAUCAAGGGUGAAGACAAUGAUGAGGUGGAAGUUGAGGUGGCCGAUAGUGGGAAGAAAAUGAUGGUUCAUCUGGAUGACAUUCAAAAGAUGAACCCCCCAAAAUUCGACAAAGUCGAGGACAUGGCUGAAUUAACAUGUCUAAAUGAAGCAUCCGUAUUGCACAAUAUCAAAGAUAGAUACUACUCCGGAUUGAUUUAUACAUAUUCGGGGCUUUUUUGUGUGGUUGUGAAUCCAUACAAAAAAUUGCCAAUCUAUACGGAAAAGAUCAUGGAGCGGUACAAGGGGAUAAAACGCCACGAAGUGCCUCCGCAUGUGUUUGCCAUCACAGACACAGCCUACAGAUCCAUGCUACAAGAUCGUGAAGAUCAGUCAAUUCUCUGUACAGGAGAAUCAGGCGCUGGAAAGACAGAAAAUACGAAAAAAGUUAUCCAGUAUUUGGCCUAUGUGGCCGCAUCGAAACCAAAAGGCUCGGGACCCAGCCCAGCUCUUAUUAUUGGAGAAUUGGAGCAACAAUUGCUGCAAGCCAAUCCAAUUCUUGAGGCCUUUGGGAAUGCCAAGACCGUAAAAAAUGACAAUUCAUCGCGUUUUGGAAAAUUUAUUCGUAUCAAUUUUGAUGCGUCUGGUUACAUAUCGGGAGCUAACAUCGAGACCUACUUGCUGGAAAAGUCUCGGGCAAUUCGGCAGGCAAAGGAUGAACGAACAUUCCACAUUUUUUACCAAUUGCUCGCCGGGGCGUCACCCGAUCAGCGAGAAAAGUUCAUUUUGGAUGAUAUAAAGUUGUAUCCCUUCCUGUCGAAUGGGAGUGUCCCCGUGCCCGGGGUGGAUGAUUACCAGGAAUUCCAGGCAACUGUGAAGAGUAUGAACAUAAUGGGGAUGACACAGGAUGACUUUAGUUCCAUCUUUCGCAUUGUUAGCUCAGUCCUCUUGUUUGGUUGCAUGAAAUUCAAGCAGGAACGUAGCUCAGAUCAGGCUACACUACCCGAUAAUACGGUGGCACAGAAGAUUGCUCAUUUAUUGGGGCUGAAUGUCACGGACAUGACACGAGCCUUCCUUACGCCACGCAUUAAGGUUGGCAGGGAUUUCGUAACCAAGGCUCAGACGAAGGAACAAGUUGAAUUUGCCGUUGAGGCCAUUGCCAAGGCGUGCUAUGAGAAGAUGUUCAAGUGGCUUGUGACACGUAUUAAUCGUUCAUUGGAUCGUACAAAGAGGCAGGGAGCUUCCUUCAUUGGGAUCCUCGAUAUGGCGGGCUUUGAAAUAUUCGAACUCAAUUCAUUUGAGCAACUUUGCAUAAACUACACGAAUGAGAAGUUGCAGCAACUCUUCAAUCACACCAUGUUCAUUCUUGAGCAGGAGGAAUACCAGCGAGAGGGUAUUGAGUGGAAAUUUAUCGAUUUUGGUUUAGAUUUGCAACCGACGAUUGAUCUAAUUGAUAAACCCGGCGGCAUUAUGGCGCUCCUCGAUGAGGAAUGUUGGUUCCCAAAGGCAACGGAUAAGACAUUUGUGGAGAAACUCGUGUCUGCCCAUUCGAUGCAUCCGAAAUUUGUCAAGACCGACUUCAGGGGGGUGGCUGACUUCUCCAUUGUUCACUAUGCCGGACGUGUGGACUACUUGGCCAGUAAGUGGUUAAUGAAGAAUAUGGAUCCACUCAAUGAGAACAUCGUGAGCCUCCUGCAGGCAUCGUCGGAUCCGUUUGUCGUGCAAAUUUGGAAGGAUGCCGAAAUUGUUGGGAUGGCCCAGCAAGCACUCACGGACACAACAUUCGGCGCACGUACGCGCAAAGGGAUGUUCCGGACGGUGUCGCAUCUGUACAAGGAGCAACUUGCCAAACUUAUGGAUACGCUCAAGAAUACAAAUCCCAACUUUGUGCGCUGUAUCAUCCCCAAUCACGAAAAGAGGGCUGGGAAGAUUGAUGCUCCCCUUGUGCUGGAUCAGUUGAGGUGCAAUGGUGUCCUCGAGGGUAUACGCAUCUGUCGCCAGGGCUUCCCUAAUCGUAUUCCAUUCCAGGAGUUCCGCCAGAGAUACGAACUCCUCACCCCGAACGUAAUUCCAAAGGGCUUCAUGGAUGGAAAGAAGGCGUGCGAGAGGAUGAUUCAGGCACUAGAGUUGGACUUUAAUUUGUACCGUGUUGGUCAAUCGAAGAUCUUCUUCCGUGCGGGUGUUUUGGCGCACCUCGAGGAGGAGCGUGACUACAAGAUUACGGAUUUAAUUGUGAACUUCCAGGCAUUCUGUCGGGGCUUCCUGGCACGGAGGAACUACCAGAAGCGCCUGCAACAGCUCAAUGCAAUUCGUAUUAUUCAGCGCAAUUGUGCGGCCUAUUUGAAGUUGCGAAAUUGGCAGUGGUGGCGCCUUUACACGAAGGUCAAGCCACUGCUGGAGGUGACAAAGCAAGAGGAGAAACUUGUGCAGAAGGAGGAUGAAUUGAAGCAAGUGCGUGAGAAGUUGGAAGUGCUGUCAAAGAGUGCUCAGGACUAUGAGAAGAAAUUCCAAUUGGCCAUGGAGGAGAAGACGCAACUUGCGGAGCAACUUCAGGCGGAGAUUGAGUUGUGUGCCGAAGCGGAGGAGAGUCGUAUACGCUUGUCAGCACGGAAGCAAGAGCUCGAGGAGAUGAUGCAGGAUCUGGAGGCACGUAUUGAGGAAGAGGAGGAACGUGUGAAUUCCCUUGCGGCUGAAAAGAAGAAACUCCAGUUGAACAUUCAAGAUUUGGAGGAGCAGCUGGAGGAGGAAGAGGCUGCCAGGCAGAAGUUGCAGCUGGAGAAGGUACAGCUGGAUGGGAAGAUAAAGAAGUACGAGGAGGAGCUUGCGCUGACGGAAGAUCAGAAUGGGAAGUUGCAGAAGGAGAAGAAACUCCUUGAGGAGCGUGCAAAUGAUCUAUCGCAAACUCUUGCCGAAGAGGAGGAGAAAGCGAAGCAUUUGGCAAAGCUCAAAGCGAAGCAUGAGGCGACAAUUGUGGAACUUGAGGAGCGUCUACUGAAGGAUCAUCAGCAACGCCAAGAAUCCGAUAGGACAAAGCGCAAAAUUGAAACGGAAGUGGCGGAUCUCAAGGAGCAACUCAAUGAGCGUCGAAUGCAAAUUGAGGAGAUGCAGCAGCAGCUGGUGAAGCGUGAAGAGGAAGUCACGCAGACCCUGAUGAAGAUUGAUGAGGAAGCAGCAGCAAAGGCAAGUGCGCAAAAGGCUCAGCGUGAACUUGAAUCCCAAUUGGCGGAGAUUCAGGAAGAUCUCGAUGCAGAAAAGAUGGCACGUGCUAAAGCGGAGAAGAUUCGUCGGGAUUUAAGUGAAGAACUCGAAGCGCUCAAGAAUGAACUUCUUGAUUCUCUGGACACAACUGCCGCACAACAAGAGCUCCGUUCGAAGCGUGAACAAGAAUUGGCAACGCUGAAGAAGAAUUUGGAGGAGGAAACAGCCACACAUGAGUCCACAAUGGCUGAAAUGCGCCACAAACAUUCCCAAGAGUUGUCAACACUCAAUGAGCAAUUGGAGAAUCUCCGGAAGGCCAAGGCGGCCCUUGAGAAGUCCAAGCAGAGUCUCGAGGCGCAAAAUGUCGAUCUCAGCACGGAGUUGAACAAUGUUAAUUCAUCACGUCAGGAGAAUGAUCGUCGCAGGAAGCAGGCUGAGUCGCAAAUUGCUGAAAUCCAGAUAAAAUUGGCUGAGGUUGAGCGUGCACGAUCAGAGUUGCAGGAGAAGACGACAAAAUUGCAACAAGAAGUUGAUAAUAUCACAAAGCAGUUGGAAGAUGCGGAACUCAAAGCUUCAGCGGCAAUAAAAUCAGCUAGCAAUAUGGAGGCACAAUUGACGGAAGCUCAGGCCUCCCUUGAGGAGGAGACACGCACAAAAUUGGCACUUAGUUCGAAAUUGCGACAACUCGAGUCGGAGAAGGAGAGUCUGCAGGAGCAAUUGGAGGAGGAUGAGGAGAAGGCGAUUAAUUAUGAGAAGAAACUCGCCGAGAUGACGGCUCAAUUGCAAGAGAUGAAGAAGAAGGCUGAGGAGGAUGUGGAUGCAACGAAGGAACUCGAAGAGGCCAAGAGGAAGAUGAAUAAAGACAUUGAGGCGCUUCAGCAUCAAAUUCAGGAGCUACAGGCAACCAAUGAUCGUCUGGAUAAGAGUAAGAAGAAGGUUCAGAGUGAAUUGGAGGAUGCAACAAUUGAAUUGGGUGCUCAGCGUGCCAAAGUUCUCGAAUUGGAAAAGAAGCAGAAGAAUUUUGAUAAAGUUCUGGCCGAAGAAAAGGCAAUCAGUGAGAAGUAUACGCAGGAAUUGGAUACAGCUGAACGUGAGGCACGUGAGAAGGAGACAAAAGUCCUUAGUUUGACACGUGAACUCGAUGAGGCGUAUGAGAAGAUUGAGGACUUGGAGGGGAAGCGCAAGGCGCUGCAGAAUGAGUUGGAUGAAUUGGCAAAUAGUCAGGGAACAGCGGAUAAGAAUGUGCACGAGCUGGAGAAGUCAAAGCGUGCACUUGAGAGUCAAUUGGCUGAGCUGAAGGCACAAAAUGAGGAGCUUGAGGAUGAUUUGCAACUCACAGAGGAUGCAAAGUUGCGCCUUGAAGUGAAUAUGCAAGCGAUGCGAGCACAAUUUGAUCGUGACAUGCAGGCAAAGGAGGAGCAAUCGGAGGAGAAGCGUCGUGGUCUUGUUAAGAGUCUCCGUGAAAUUGAGACGGAACUCGAUGAGGAGCGGAAGCAACGUGCAGCUGCGGUGGCGGCAAAGAAGAAGCUCGAGGGUGAUCUCAAAGAUAUGGAGGCAACACUUGAGAUGAAUAAUAAGGUGAAGGAGGAUGCUCUGAAGCAUGCUAAGAAGCUUCAGGUGCAAUUUAAGGAAGCCCUCCGUGAUGCUGAAGAAGCCAAGGCAGCCCGGGAAGAAGCUGCAGCCACGAGCAAAGAAGCUGAACGAAAGGUCAAAGUUCUCGAAGCCGAACUCCUUCAGCUGACGGAAGAUUUAGCCAGUGCUGAACGUGCCAAACGUGCUGCAGAAGCAGAACGCGAUGAAUUACAGGAGGAAGUUAGCAGCAAUAGUUCGAAGGGUUCCUUAAUGGUGGAUGAGAAACGUCGUCUUGAAGCACGAAUUGCCGCCCUUGAGGAGGAAUUGGAGGAGGAACAAUCAAAUUCCGAAUUACUCCUCGAUAGGAAUCGCAAAGCGCAACUUUCGAUGGAACAACUCGCCACAGAGUUGGCAACGGAGAAGUCCAAUACGCAGAAGCAUGAGAAUGCCCGGGCGUUGCUUGAGCGACAAAAUAAGGAGCUCAAGGCGAAAUUGGCGGAAAUUGAGACGUCACAGAGGACAAAGAUUAAGGCAACAAUUGCGGGGCUUGAGAGUAAAAUUGGGAAUUUGGAGGAACAACUGGAGAAUGAGACAAAGGAGCGGCUGCAGCAGCAAAAGGCAAACAGGAAGUUGGAUAAGAAGAUUAAGGAGUUCACGAUGAACAUUGAGGAUGAACGACGACAUGCGGAUCAGUAUAAGGAGCAAAUUGAGAAGUUAAACAAUCGCAUGAAGAUCUUGAAGCGCAAUUUGGAUGAAGCCGAAGAGGAGGUGCAAAAGGAGAAGGCACAGAAGAGGAAAGCACAACGUGAAUAUGAGGAUAUGCUUGAAAGUCACGAAGCACUGACAAGGGAGAAUAAUUCAUUAAAGACGAAAUUAAGACGCAGCGUCGGUGGAAUGGGAAUAAGUUCCUCUCGUUUGGGUAAGCGUGAUUUCGAUGAUUCCACAAAUACAAUCAAAGAUGAGUCCAUGGAUGGUGAAGAGACCAACAAUUGACGAAGGCGAUAGAUUCAUCAUUUCUUUUUUUUUUCCCAAAAUUCUUUCUUUCGGCAUUAGAAACAACAACAACAAAAUUAUCCCUUUUGAUAAAAUAUUUUUUAAUUCGUAAAGAAAAGCAUCCAUUUUAUUGUCCUGUGUGGGGAUGAGGGAUGUUUUUAAUUAAUUAUUUUAAAUUGCAAAUUAAAGAAGAAAAAACCAUUUCCUUUUAACAUUUUUCUUUUUUUACUUUUAAAAUUUGUUUUUUGUAAAGUGUUUAAAGGGACGCGAUAAGACUAUGCGAAGAAGUUUAGAACCAUUAUGAAUGAUGCUAAAUUGAUGUAAAGUUUGGAAUCACUUUAUUGUCCAAUUGCGUGUGGCUUUCUCAACAACAAAAAUUUUUUUGAGUGGGAAAAUAUUCAGGAAAAGAAUGAAGAAUAAAAGGAAUAGAAAAGAAUAUAUAACUUAAAAAAAUAUAUAUCAGGAAAAUAAAGGAAGAAAAUAGCAAGAAAAAAACGUAAUAAUAUUUGAUAUAGAAAAUAUUUAAAAAAAAAAAAAAUAAAUCUCAAAGUCUUCCCAUUUUGCAAAUCACAACUCAUCAGAUUUUUUUCAACUCGUUUCUGUUUAAUUUUCCUUUUUUUUUUUAAUUACAAAAUGCAUUUUUCGCCACAUAGAAAACGAUCAUAAUAAUAAUUAAGAUGUUUUUUUUUUUUGCUUUUAAAUGUAAUAUUUGUUAAUUAAUAAUUGAUUAUAUAGAUUUAUUAUGUGCCAUUUGCAUUUUCUUGUUUAAUUCUCGCGGAUGAUGUAAACACAGAAUUGAUUUUUUUUAAGGAGCACAUUUUAAGGGAUUUUGCAUGAAUUUAAAAAAAAAAUGCGUGAAAGAGGAAGAAAGAAAAUAAAAUGAAGAUAAAGAAAAGAAAUGCGUGGGAAGAAUGUUGAGAAAGUCCUCAAAGAGAGAGAGAUUGCGAAUGUAAAAGAAUUUAAAAAUGUUCUUCUACGUUUAGCUUUGAAAAAAAAAAUUGAAAAAUUUUCUCUAAAAAAAUUAUUAAAUAAAGAAAAAUAAUAAAAUUCUCGUACUUACAAAAUAUUUACCUACAACAAAGAAAGAAAAAAAAAUAUUUGCAAAAAGAAGUGAGGAAAUUGAAAAGAAAAAAAAAUUGUAUAAUUGGCUUAUUUCAUUCCCGAUUGAAAGAUUUUUAUUUGCAUUUUGUUCUCUAUUAUAUAUAUAUUUUAAAAUACAUAUAAUUAUUUAAUUUUUUUUUCUGAUUAUUUUUCUCUUUGCGUUUUUAUUUACGUGAAACAUUUCAUUUUGAUUUUUUUUUGCUGAAGAACGAAAAUAUUACUUUUUUAUCCCCAAAAUUUUUAUUAUUUUUUUGUGUGUGGAACGUAAAAGAGAAAAAGAAAUCAGCAAAUCGUUAAGUAUUAAUAAUUUUUAAAAAUUGAAGAAAAUAAAUUUGUUAACCUCAUUAACACUACCUACAUAUAUGAGAAGUAGAAGUUUGAUGAUGAUAAAAAAAAAAUCCAAUGAAAAAAAAGUAUAAGAUAGUGUUUUUGUCUUUUUUUUUAAAUUACGUAAUUAAUAUCCUAGAAAAGAAUGGAAUAAAUCUUUGAAGAAGAAAAAAAGGUGAAGAUCAAUCCAUCGAUAGAUAAUCAAAAGAUGAAGAAAGAAAAGGCUUAAUGAUCGAUGCGUGAAGGAGAAAAAAAUAAAUAAUUUGAUAGAAAUCUUUUUUAUAUCGUCAAACAAAAAAAAAACAAGUAAUAAUCAACGUAGAAAGUAAGAAUAUAAAAAAUCUUUUGAUAUGAAAUAUUUCGCUUCUUUGAAGGGUCUCUAAUAAGUUUCACAAUUUUUAACGUCUUAGCCACAAUAGAAUUUAAUUUUAAUUGAUUAUUACAAUAUUAUAUAGUUUAUAUAAUGCUGGAACUUAUAUUAACACGGUUUCUGUUCAUAAAUGAAUCAUGUAAUAUUUAUAAUAUAAAUUUUUUAAAAAGCUCA